AUGAAUAAUUUUAAUAAUGCUAAUAUAGCUGAAUUGGUGAAUAAAGUCUUAACGCAAACUUAUGAGUUGGCUGAAGAAUGUGUAAAAACAAACUACCAUGGUACCAGAGCAGUGACUGAGGCCCUUCUUCCAUGCCUUCUGCUAUCAAAUUCAGGAAGAAUUGUGAAUGUGUCUGCAGGUCUUGGAAAGCUUGAGUUUGUCUCCAAUGAGAGGGUUAGAAUGGAGCUAAAUGAUGUUGAUGUACUCUCAGUAGAGAGAUUAGAUGGGAUAGUGAAUGAAUUCCUCAAUGAUGUUAAGGAGGAUAUGUUACAUGACAGAGGCUGGCCAACUCAGACAUCUGCAUAUACAAUCUCCAAAGCAGCCGUGAAUGCCCACACAAGGAUUGUUGCCAAAUCAAACCCAAGUCUCCUCAUAAAUUGUGUUUGUCCUGGUUCCGUCAAAACCGAUAUGACUUGCAACACUGGCCUCGUUACUGUUGACGUGGGUGCCAAAGGCCCUGUUAUGUUGGCUUUGCUUCCAGAGGGAGGACCUUCUGGCCUCUUUUUCCAAAAGAUGGAGGCAUCAAUCUUUUGAUCACAAGUCAGUCUUUCCUAUUCUUUGCUGAGACAAUGGGGUGAUAGAUGUGAAGUGUCUCUUAUCUUCGAUGUUAUUAAUUAUGAAC